GGUGCGAGCGCCAUUUUGUGAAGACGUUGAGUGUGACGAGUUGUGUGGAGCAGAACUGCUGUCGUUAGUACAUAAUAUAUUAUUACACCGGGUUUGUUCGGAUCCGCACGUGUUUGUCUCUUAUUAUCUACAUAUCAGCUAUAUAAAAGACAUGGAAGUGGAGUAUAUCAGAGUGGCAGAUGAUGAAAAUGAAGAGCCCAUGGAAAUUCCCUCUGAAGAUGAUGGAACAGUGCUGCUUUCCACAGUUACUGCCCAGUUUCCUGGAGCUUGCGGACUGCGCUACAGGAAUCCCGUGAAUCAGUGUAUGAGAGGCGUUCGCCUUGUUGAAGGCAUUCUUCACGCCCCUGAAGCUGGCUGGGGGAACCUUGUAUAUGUUGUCAAUUAUCCUAAAGAUAACAAACGGAAGAUGGAUGAGACCGAUGCCUCUUCUGCCGUUAAAAUUAAGAGAGCUGUGACCAAAACAUCAGAUUUGAUUGUAUUGGGGCUUCCAUGGAAGACCACGGAGCAAGAUUUAAAGGAUUAUUUCACAACCUUUGGUGAAGUUAUCAUGGUCCAGGUUAAGAAAGAUGCCAAGACAGGACAUUCAAAGGGCUUUGGUUUUGUUCGCUUUACAGAAUAUGAGACACAAAUAAAAGUAAUGUCUCAACGCCACAUGAUUGAUGGAAGAUGGUGUGAUUGCAAACUUCCAAAUUCAAAGCAGAGCCCAGAUGAACCUAUGCGCAGUCGGAAGGUCUUUGUUGGGCGAUGCACUGAAGAUAUGAGUGCUGAAGAAUUGAGGCAGUUCUUUAACCAGUAUGGCGAGGUGGUAGAUGUGUUUAUUCCUAAACCCUUCAGAGCAUUUGCCUUUGUCACAUUUGCAGAUGACCAGGUUGCACAGUCUCUCUGUGGUGAAGACUUAAUCAUUAAAGGAAUCAGUGUACAUGUAUCUACAGCAGAGCCCAAGCAUAACAAUAUCAGGCAGUUAGAUAGGGCUGGUGGAAGAUUUGGUGGCCCAGGGUUUGGGAAUCCACCACCAUAUCCUCCCAGCAAUCCUAGAGGUGGUGCUGGGCUUAGCAAUAACCAAGGUGCUAACAUGGGGAGUGGGGGAGGUGGAAUGAAUUUUGGUGCAUUUAACAUCAAUCCAGCAAUGAUGGCAGCAGCACAGGCAGCCUUGCAGAGCAGCUGGGGCAUGAUGGGUAUGUUGGCUAGCCAGCAGAACCAGACUGGCCCUCAGGGAAGCACUCAGCCCCAAGCAAAUCCGCCAAGGGAUCAACAACCACAAAGCUUUGGUACAGCGAAUAACACUUAUGGCUCAAAUUCAGGUGCAAUUGGUUGGGGAUCUCCUAAUGCAGGGACUGGCACUGGAGGGUUCAAUGGGGGUUUCAGUUCAAGCAUGGAUUCAAAGUCCUCUGGUUGGGGCAUGUAGACUGUACAGGUAGCUGGGUAAUUACACAUUUCCUAAUGUUAUGGUAAGUAUGUUGUAAAAUGCAUAUACAGAAUCUUUCCAAAAGGUUUUCUUUUUGACAUGCAGGAUGUUUAGCAGAUUUUAUAACUAUGUACAACUGUCAGAACAGGUUAAAAGUACUGUUAAUGCUGCAGGUUAAAGAUAACUAGUGCUCAUCAGCUGACAUUGUCCAAAUGUUUUAAGCCCACAAAUAAUAUAAUUUUUUUUUUUUCUUUAAAAUUGAUGUAAAUAGCACCAGUUCUGUUUAGAGCAGCAUUCCUUCCCUUAUCUUUUUGUGUUUUUUUCACUGCUCACCUGACCUCUGCUCCUCACCUUGUGUCUUUCUGGAACCUGCACUUGUAUGCAGUGCUGUUAAUUUCCUGGCCAGGAUCUAUUUUGCCUACGUUGCCCAUCAAGAUGUCUUCGCUACUCAAGAAAUCUUAAGACGGUGGGUGAUCCCUUUUUAUCCACUUUAUUUCAUGGAAGUCGUACCAACGCUUUGCAAGCACGUCUGUGAGGUGGAUACAAGAAAGCUGUUUGAACUGUGCGAUGGAUUGUUAGUACCACAGAAUGAGAGGCUUUGGUAUGAGCGAGCGCAAGAGCGCGUGCAGAGACCUGGUAGUGCAUUAUGGAUUCAUAAAAGUUGGCAAUGUGUCUCUCAACCCAGUGGCAAUGGUGAGCGUGUGCAGAGAGCAGUGGGAGCAAGUAACGUACGAAUGUUUCUUGCAUUCAAAGGACUUCAGUUCAUUUGGAAGGCUGGGGCUUUUCUGCCUCUAUUUAAAUGUUUGAAAUCAAUUUUGUAAAUGUUUUUUCUUUUUUUAUUUUUCCCCUUAAUUUGUCUAUUGCUAUGAAUGCUGUAUGAUGUGUGCAAUUUUUUGUUAUUGAAAUGUGAGUCAAUGUGAACUGCAUUUGAUGGGGGUGGGUGGUGAACGUACUGGAGUGAUGUGAAACUCUCCUCUGCUUCCCAGGAGUGUUGGGGUGUUUUGGUCUGUAAGUAAUAACAAGAAUGUUGUUUGCUGCAGUCAGGUGUUCUGUGUUUGGAUGCUUUUUACAAGACCUGUCAAUGUAGAACAUUCUUAAAUAAAAACUUAAAAUAA